UGUUGGUGUCGGCAACCAAUCUACUGCACAGCGGUGCGCAUGGCUAGGAGGGUUUGGCAAGCGAUAAAUGAUGAUGGACACAGCGCCGACGAUCAUGAACUCGAGCCUGGCUCAUCAACCACCGGUGGCGAGUACUCCCGUGCAGGAUGCAGUGAAGGCUUGUCAGUUCGGAGACGAGGACGCACUUCAAGAGCUCUUGGAACCAGCAACGGGCAGGGUGCUGGUGGACGUUAACGACCGGGAUGCCGAAGAUGUGCCAUUGCUUCACUGGGCCGCAAUUAACGACCGGCGGGGGGUCGUGAAGUACCUCUUGAAGCGGGGCGCAGACACGUGCGCUAUCGGGGGAGUGCUGAAAGAGUCGGCCUUGAUGUGGGCGGCCAGGCAGGGAUACAUGACCAUCAUUGUUGACCUCUUGCAAGCCGGGGCGGACUGCCUUCACCGCAAUACCUACGGGCAGACGGCGCUACACCUGGCCGCGCAGCGGGGGCACGUGAACACCGUUCUCGUGGUGCUUGCAGCAGGGACCCCUGUAUCCUCCAAGGAUUCCAAGGGGUUCACGCCGCUCAUGUACGCGACCAAGCUCUGCAUCAGCAACGUCGACCUCAUCCGAGUCCUGCUGAACUACGGUCCCUCUCCGGGGGUAGAAGAGAAAGACCUCGAGCAGGGGAACACCCCCCUACACUGGGCCAUCGUGGGCGGCGUCCAAUCGCCGUACGCCUUGUCCCCGAUCCUCAAGGCGGGGGCGAGCCUGGACGCGGCGAACAAAGCAGGCUUUACCCCAGAGGAGCUGGCGUUGUCAUUGGGAAACCAAGGGCUGGGAGGUUACCUCAAGACGUGCCGAAGUAUCCCGAUCAGAGCAAGGGAUGUCCCUCUGAAGCGGGGCCUGUUUUUGCCACUGAUUCAGCUGGUUUGGUGCUUCGGGUUCGUGAACACGUUCGGCUGUUGGGGGUGCUUAGGGGGGGCUGCAGGGAUCGGGGCUACGAGCUCUCUGACGUACAAGAUCGUGCAGUUCGACGCGAACUGGGUACCGCUGGGGGUGGCGCUGUGGUCCCUGGUGCUUAUAGUCGCCUCGGAAGCGGCGUUUCUUUGGGAGGAGCAGGCGGCACUGCGAUCGAUGGCGACGCUGCUGCCGGCUCUUGCGACGCUGUGCUUACUGUACAAGUCGAUGGCAACAAAACCGGGUUACCUUGCAAUUGACGCAUCGGCGAGAGAGAUGGCGAUAAACAGGUUGGCAGAAGAAGGUCGCUUGAACAGCGAGACGCUGUGCACGACGUGCAUUGUGGAGAAGACUCCUCGCUCCAAGCACUGCGAUACCUGUGGAAGGUGCAUCUUGCGGUUCGACCAUCACUGCCCGUUCGUGGCAAACUGCGUGGGGCAGAACAACCACCGAUUCUUCGUUGGUUUUCUCUUUUUCGCUGUUGUGGGGAUAUCUUCUUUCCUGUGGAAUCUGUACAGCUACGGGCAAGCAGAGUGCGGGGAGUGGGCCAUGUGGCGGUGCGUCUACGACCACUCCAAGUUCCUCGGCUGCACGGCCAUCUUGGCGGCUUAUCACGACGUUUGGAUAGGGCUCCUCCUGCUCACGCACCUUCGAAUGGUACUGAUCAACAUGACCACCUACGAAUCGAUUAAGGGGAGGCGAUGGGUGGACAACACCACCCAUGGCAAGCCGUUUUACGCGCGCUACCCCUCGAACUGCUUCCGAUUCUUCUUCCGCCCUGGGCGCGAGUCCGGCAGGAUGGCCGGCGCUUACGGCCGUGUGCCGACCCAGGACCUUGACAUGAUGGGAAAGAAGGACGAGGAUGCGCUGGACUCGAUGGAGGGCGGGACUAGCCGCGACGGGGGGGUGAACGCCAACGAGUCGCGCAUCAUGUAGAACUCCUGACGUAUCCUCCAGCAAGGAAACGCUCUACCAAAGAAAAACCCUCUUCCUGGUACAAGUUUGUUGUAUGGCUAUUUCCUAGGGCACGAUGUGUCCCAAAAGCGGAGCAAGUCCGCUGCUUUGAGGUUCCGAUGUCGCUGACUGCAAUUGUACGUAUUUUCGAAAAUGUUGAGAAAGAAAAUUCGCCGAUGAGGCGACGGAGUGCUUGUUGCACACUUACACUUUGCGUCAUGACUGUACCGUGUUAUUAAAAAGCACGGGCGCCAGUGUACCCACAGUGUUGUUACUGCUGUGUUGCAAGGAGCCCAAUUGUAUUGCCAACCGGGCUGGUCCUUGUAACGCUAAGUACGUGUCCGAUAGUGCUGUAUGGGAUUGGUCGGUAGCGCUUUAUUCACUAGAAUUAUUGUGCUGAUUAUGUUGGUUGGAUGGUGUAAGCGAGCGUUUCGCGUUCUGUUGAACACAUACAAUAGCCCGGGGUAUCGACAUGUGUGCACGGAUCGCCAAUGCUUUUGCUGCUCCGUUCGAGCCGAUGCUCUUUUUUGUCGGCAGCAAUGCAUGUGGUACUCGUCAUGACCCCUAGGGUUGAGCGUGAUAGAGUUAAUAGGGUACAGUAGACUACACGAAAUCAAAGAGGCUACGUGAGGCGGGUAGCCCUUCUUAAAAGCAUUCCCCUAGUCCAGUAGCUGGUGCUUUGUUUUGAAAUCGAGUGAGAGUGUUUGUUGUGGGUGGUGGGUAUCUAAUGCUGUUACUCUUUCUUCGUGUGUGGGAGUCUGCCUUCCUCAAAGACUUGCUUUGUACUAAUCCAGUGCUGGUAAGCCGGGCAAAAAGUAUACUAUAGUCCCACUUAUAUCUGGUGAUGAUCCUCCUUACACGGUCGAUACAAUUCUGUAUGCACCAACCAGGGUAGCACAACACAG